AUGAGCUCAGUCCCCAGCCACCAGUGGCUGGACCAUGUCUUCAGCGCGGUGGAGAGCGAGUUGGAAAUGGGCCCCGAGAAAGAGGAUGCCUCGGAGAGGGAGAUCAGGGUGGUGCUGGAAGAGAAAGAGCUGUGGAUGAACUUUAAGGAGCUCACCAAUGAGAUGAUAGUCACCAAAACUGGCCGGAGAAUGUUCCCAGUGCUGAAGGUCAUCAUCUCGGGCCUGGACCCCAAUUCCAUGUACUCUCUCCUCCUGGACUUUGUGGCUGCAGAUGGGAACCGCUGGAAGUAUGUCAACGGGGAGUGGAUUCCUGGCGGCAAGCCUGAGCCCCAGAGCCCGAGCUGCGUCUACAUCCAUCCCAAAUCCCCCAAUUUUGGGGCUUACUGGAUGAAAGCCACCGUCACCUUCAGCAAAGUCAAGCUCUCCAACAAGAUGAAUGGAGGGGGGCAGAUCAUGCUGAACUCCCUCCACAAGUACGAGCCCCGCGUCCACAUCGUGAAGGUCGGGGGGCCUCAGAAAGCGAUCAGCAGCUUUGCUUUCCCGGAGACCCAGUUUAUUGCCGUCACUGCCUAUCAGAACGAGGAGAUCACUGCCUUGAAAAUUAAACACAAUCCCUUUGCAAAAGCCUUCCUGGAUGCCAAGGAGAGGUGCGAGUCCAAAGACAUUCUCGACCCCAGCAAUGAAGCUCAUCAGGCUGGCUGUUCACAGCUUGGGGGUUGGUUUCUGCCAGGCACCAGUUCUUUCUGUUCCUCUCCUGCCCAGUCUUCGUUCUCAGGCAGUCCUGGCCUCUCAUCUGGCCACAGCUCAUACUGCGAGACACACUCCGGCCUGCGGAACCAGAGGGCCUCACCUUAUCCGAGCCCAUACAGCCAGAUCAACGCCUCACCAACGAAUUAUGUAGAUAACUCCACUGGCCUCUCCCUGGUGCCUGCCCCUGACAGCUGGCCUGGCCUGAGUCUCUCCAGCUCUAUGGGGGUUCUACCCAGCACUGCCUCUCCCACAAGUCAGUAUUCCAGCCUGUGGUCCCUCACCAGCAACUCUAUCAGUCCUGCUACUCAGUCCAGCUCCAACCCCCAGUUCCCGAGAGGCUCUUCGGUCUCUUACAGCAGCUUGGCCUCUGCUAUCCCAGCUCCCUCCACAUCCCCAGUCUAUGACAAUGCCCUGGCAGAGGUGCCCUCGAGUGAUGGUCAGUAUGACUCUGCUAUUCCCCGUCUGGCAUCCACUUGGGCAACAGUCACUCAGACUUACUGA